AUGGCCCGAGCGACACGAGCUCAAGCGAGACUAGCCCCUCCUCCCGAGAUUCCUUUAAACUUCCCCAACGAUCUACCAGCUCCGUCUACAAGUCGAACUCUCCGCCCACGGUCGCGCGCAACUUCUCUUGCUCGUCCCGAAGAUGCUGGAUCGCGCUCAAGGCCAGGCUCUCGUGCUUCUUCGACGUCGCACGGGUCGUCUGCGUCUGCGUCUGUCUCGCGUUCGACCUCCAGAAUGACAUCGUUGGCACAAGCACAUCUCCCGAUGGACCAGGACAUGUCGUCUGCCGGUGGCUCGGAAAACAAUCGUGUCGAACCAACGGAACAGCCUGGAGGCAGUUCUGAAAUGAAUGUAUCGCCGUCCUCCCCAGAACAAUUCGUGCAAAGAAGUACAGUCAGACGCUGGUCUCCCCAACCGUAUGCAGCUAUAGAGGCUGCAUGGGAUGCCGCCGGCUUCGCGGGAUUUCCUCCGCUUCCAAUGAGAGGAAAUGAAGCUCUGUCACUUGCGGGUUCAAAUCACUUCCCGUCCACGGAUGCUCAUAUCUCGGAGUCCAGUUCAUAUCCCGCACCGGCCGGCCCAAGUGACGCUUCGUCUUCAUCAGGCAAAAGGAAACGAGAACACACUUUGGAUAGCGAAGACGAACCGGAGGCAACGUUCAGUGCUGUUAACUGGAACGAAGAACUUGUAGCAGGGCCGUCAUCGCUUUCAACAGCGCUCCAGUCUCCUGCGUCAAGCUCAGGAAAACGAAAACGAGACCCCGACUCUAACGGUGAAACGGAUUCGAUUCCCUCUGUCCCUCCCUCUCAAGAACCCUCCAACCUUUCGCAGCAGUCUAGUCAUGCUGAGUCAGAAAAUGAAAUAGCUGAACAGUUAUCGUUGAAUGAUGGCUAUGUCUCCGACCCCAUGUUUCUGACCCGGGUAGGUGUGCCUCUCUUGAGCCAACAAUACCCAAGUUGA